UGUAAAGCUGCUGGAUAGGACAGUGAACCUUUGGAGUUUGAUAUGAUGGGAUUACAGAGUCACCCCCAGCGACACGUUGCCAAAUUCACCAGAAUGAAGGUCUGAGGCUUCCGGGUGGUGAUCUCUGAAAUUGCUCAGUGAGCACCCCUAAUUCUGCUGAUUUAUUGCUGAUAAUCAUUCACAAUGGAAACCAAUCAAAAAUCCGGGGAUGGACUGGCGGGCACCCAGAAAGAGGCCGCGUUACGCACCCUCAUCCAACGCACUGGAUAUCUCUUGCACCAGGAAAAUGGCCAGAGGAGGUAUGGUGGCCCCCCUCCUGGCUGGGAAGGAUCCCCUCCUGAGAGAGGGAGUGAGAUCUUUGUGGGGAAGCUGCCUCGCGACCUCUUUGAAGACGAGCUGGUGCCGCUCUGUGAGAAGUUUGGGAAGAUCUAUGAGGUGAGGAUGAUGAUGGACUUCAAUGGCAACAACAGAGGCUAUGCAUUCGUCACUUUCGGCACAAAACAAGAGGCCAAGAACGCCAUGAAGCACCUCAACAAUUAUGAAAUCAGGAAUGGCCGACUGCUGGGGGUUUGCGCCAGUGUGGACAACUGCCGCCUGUUCGUCGGUGGGAUUCCCAAAACCAAGAAGAAGGAGGAGAUCCUGGCGGAGAUGAAGAAGGUGACGGACGGCGUCAUGGACGUCAUUGUGUACCCCAGUGCUGCCGACAAGAGCAAGAACCGGGGCUUCGCCUUCGUGGAGUACGAUAGUCACCGCGCUGCUGCCAUGGCCCGACGGAAACUGUUGCCAGGGCGGAUCCAGCUGUGGGGUCAUGCCAUUGCGGUUGACUGGGCUGAACCAGAGGUUGAAGUGGAUGAGGACACCAUGGCAGCGGUGAAAAUCCUCUACGUGCGUAACCUGAUGCUGGGGACCACAGAAGAGACGAUCGAAAAAGAGUUCAACAGCAUCAAACCAGGAGCUGUGGAACGGGUGAAGAAGAUCAGGGACUACGCGUUUGUCCACUUUGCUCAGAGGGAGGAUGCUGUCAAUGCCAUGAAUGCUCUGAAUGGAAAGAUCGUGGACAACUCUCCCAUUGAAGUGACCCUAGCUAAGCCAGUGGACAAGGACAGCUAUGUGCGCUACACCCGAGGCACAGGGGGGCGUGGGGCGGCCCUGCUGCAGGGCGAGUACACCUACACUCUAGGUCAGGUGUACGACCCCUCCGCUGCCUACCUGGGCGCACCCGUCUUCUAUGCCCCCCAUGCCUACGCCACCAUCCCAAACCAGUUCCGCUUCCCCAGUGCCAAGGGGCACGUGGGGACGCGCGGUCUGGUCCGAACGCCAUCGGUCAGAGACAUUUACAUGAAUAUGCCUGUAGGGGCGGCGGGGGUGCGCGGGCUUGGGGGUAGGGGUUACCUGGCGUACGCUGGGCUGGGCCGAGGCGUCUCGGCCUACCCGCUGAAGGUGGACAAGCGGCCCGAGGACAAGCUGUACGACCUGCUGCCCGGCAUGGAGCUCACACCCUUGAGCGGUGGGGGGCUGAAACCGCAGGCCAUUAAACACGCACCGCAGAUCCUGGAGGACGUGUGUCAGAAGAAUAACUGGGGCCAGCCUCUGUACCAGCUCCACUCUGCCAUCGGCCCCGACCAGCGGCAGCUCUUCCUCUACAAGGUCACCAUCCCAGCCCUGGCCACUCAGUACCCUAACGUCCAUCCUUUCACGCCAGCAAAGCUGUGUGCCGCUGUGGAUGAGGCUAAGAUCCAUGCGGCCGAACACACACUGCAAACCCUAGGCCUGCAGACAGAGGGCGCCGAAGCCUCCGCCGCUGCAGCUGCCGCCGCCGCCGCUGCUGCUGCUGCUUUCCCAGGCCUGUUCUUAACUACAGGUUAUACGAUAGCCAGCACCUCGGCCACGGUGGCCGCCAAUCAGCUCAAACAGGCCGUCUCCCUGGGCCAGGACCUGGCGGCCUACGCCACCUACGAGGGCUACCCCGCCUUCGCCGUGGCAACCCGAGGGGAUGGCUAUGGGGUGUUCUAAGGUCCCCACGGUGACAAGACUCCUCCCUGGAAACCACAACAUCUUUAUUGUGAUUAUGUUGCAACUCAACACACUAUUGAUUUUACUUUGUUUCCGAUCAUUAAGUUUAAUAGCCGUAUUCCUAACGUUAGCCAAUGUUUGUUUAAUAUGACUUAAUGACCUAAUUAACCUUGUGAUAGUUUAGUGAACGUGUCAUCCUUUAGAAUCCCCUUUAAGAUUUGGGAGAGGCUAAAGGCUGUUUACAGAACUAUGUCUCUGCUGUUUAUAUAUCUUAUUUUGUAUUUUCGUUCUUAGUGGCCUCAAGGCCUCUUUCAUUUAUUCACUUAAACACACAUUUCAGCCACGCUUUUUGAAAAUACAUCAUGUGUAAUGUUUUUGUUUUCAAUAGCCUGUUAUCUGUAAUAGAGUACGUGUUGAAAUGUUCUUUCUUUGUGGGGGGGGGUAUGUGUGUCUAUGUGUGUGUGUAGGGUUGCUUGUAUGUAAAGAAACAUACAUGAGGUAUGCAAAGCUAACAUUUCUUUCAGGGAAACCAAAGCUGCCUAAAGUGUAACUUUGCAUGUCAUGUUAGUGUGAUGGAACAUAUGGGCUAUUCGGUUGAAAAAGUGAGGCUCAAGUACUUGUGUAGGGCAGAGUUCAAUCAUGCAGUUUGGUGCCUUAUUUGGCUGCUAAAUAGCUCAUACUGUUCCGGGGUCGGGGGCUUUAGAUCAUGUUUGUAAGCAGGGGGCAUUUCCUCUGCUUUUUUUAUUUGGUCCAGUAUUUACGAACAUAAACAAAAAAAUGAUGGACUCUUAAGCUUUCCCAUUGAGCCAACUGUUGUUAUCCAGUGCAUUUUUACUUGUUCACUAUUAUUUUUUCCUUUUUAAAAAAAUACAUAAGUGUGUCAAAUGUUUUAGGGGCUGUUAACAAUCAACACCUUAAAGCUACUGCACGAAGUGCAUCUUGCUUGCGUUGACUCUGAAUUUAAAGGCUCACAGUAACCCUCGUUUCAUGCGAAGAUACCUAAUACCGCUAAAGCUGAUAGCGGUGACAGUAUUAAAGUGUGUGUAGCACUUACAGUUUUAUUUUUUUAUACCAGAUGUCCAACACUAUUUGUCUAUAGAGACCAUUUUGUUUAGGGUAUUUGCCCGACUCAUAUGAUCAGUGUCUUAGUAAUUGGUAUCGACAACCAGCAAGAAAAACCAUCAGCAUGGUUAAGAGGGAUGCAAAUUUUAAAUCAGAAAGAAAAUGUGAAACAUGAUUGUGCCUCAACAAGACUGGUUCUGCAUGGGUAAUUCUAAUGUCAUUUACAUGUCAAUAAACCUAAAUCACGUUCAAUAAA